GUCCACGUCCAUCCCGCCAUUGUCAUCUUGACUAUUUGCUUGCAGUUUUUCUUUCUCCGUGCCAUUAUUUUGUCCGAAAUCAGUGUUACAAGAUGCAUCGAUCGAUGGUGCGGUGCACAUCCUGUCGAUAUUCAAUUCUCGAGGCAUUUACUUCUCUCGCUGGGAUUUCAGUCCUAGUUCAAGUCUCUCGCCCUCCACGAGUUUCCCGGCUGACAAGCCAACCCACUCGAAGAUUUACUCGCUUUGCGCCUUUGAAACAAUCCGAGGUGCAAUAUUCGUCAGAAUCCUCAUCAGAACCGCCUCCGCCUUCUUCUGCGGUUCCAUGGUACCUCCAAAUUGAAGAUCCCACUCCGCCCUCUCCUAUAUCCCCCCUGCUCGCUCUGCAGGAGAUCCCGCCCUUGCCACACGAUCCUCCACCGAUCCUCUCGCCUGUCCUCGCGCACCUGUCCACGCAGAUCGGGCUGGAUAACCUCAUCCUCCUAGACCUGCGGCAGCUCGAUCCACCACCCGCGUUAGGCUCCAACCUCCUGAUGAUCAUUGGCACUGCGCGGUCUGUCAAGCAUUUGAACGUCUCCGCCGACCGCUUCUGCCGCUGGGUGAGGAAGGAGCACAAAUUGAGACCGUACGCGGACGGGUUACUCGGGAGGAACGAGUUGAAACUGAAGCUGAGGAGGAAGGCGAGGAAGAUGAAGUUGGCGCAGAGCGUGGGCAAUACGGUUGCGAUGAAGGAUGCCGAUGACGGGAUCACCACGGGGUGGAUCUGCGUAAAUAUGGGCCCGGUCGAUGAGGCUGUGACGCCGGAAAUCCAAGAGGGUGAAGGUGAAGAAGACAUAGAGGUAGAGGUUGGUGAGGGACAGCGUGAGGGACAGCGCGUCUCCUCGUCUGCUCCCACGAACGCUACCAUGACAAGGAAGAUGCAAGAGACACUUGCAGAAGAUGAAGAGGAUGAAUAUCAAAAUCCUGCAGAGGACUACAUCGGGUUCGGCUCGCGAUCGGACUCGCCACGUAUCGUGGUGCAGAUGUUUACGGAAGAGAAGCGGGUCGAGAUGGAUCUGGAGGGCCUGUGGGACGUGCGGAACACGAGACGGGCACAGCGAGAGGAGAAGGCUAAUGUCGAGGCGGAGGCUGCCCUGGAACGAUUGCAGCAAGAGCAGGGGAGGAUAGCAGGCGGCGCCGAAGCCGAUUUAUGAGCACGCUGCGGAUGUACAAGGACGGCAGGGCUAUAAUGAGAGUAUAAAGCAGAAGAACGAGCCAAGUUAAGUUCAAGGACAUCUUGAAGCUGGACGCAGCCCCAGAAUCCAGUGGUCCAAGCAAAAUGUAUGCACUCAACUGGGUCGAGCCAAAUCAGGCUGACUGCAUCGUCUCACCGUCAUGAAAGUCGUUUGAUGCCUGUUGGCAAGCCUAUGUCAUCCCUG